AUGCACCGAGCACCUGCUGGCAAGCUUGCUGCCCUGGGCAGUCCCCACAGCUAUCUUGCAGCAGGACGCACUCAGACGUCCCCAGACAGAGUGCCUUCUGCCAGCAGAGAGAGCCCAGCCAGAUCUACGGGUCGAAGGGUCGAUGAGACGCAUUUGAGUUGCCAAGCUGAGUCGCCAAUGGGUGUCGAUAUAGCCAUGCCCGACGAUGCUCGCCGCAGAAGUCUAGAUUGUGCUAUCGUGGCCUGA